GCCCAUUAGUAUUCAAAAAGAUGCCGAAUAUCGAAUAUUGGAAAAUUGAUGGUGUUGUUCUAAGUACACUUGUAGGACGUUUGUGAGGCGCGGACAAUUGGUAUUUUCCUUACUAGUCUACGUGAUGGGUUUGUCAAAGCUAAGUAUUAGUGAUGUUGAUCUGAAAGGGAAGCGUGUCCUUAUUCGUGUCGACUUUAAUGUACCCAUGAAGGAUGGUAAAGUCACUAAUACACAGAGGAUCUCUGCAGCCAUACCGACAAUUAAGUAUGCUUUGGAUAAAGGCGCUAAAAGCGUCGUGCUGAUGUCGCAUCUCGGUCGUCCAGAUGGCAACAAAGUUGAUAAAUAUUCCUUGAAACCUGUGUGCCCUGAAGUUUCUAAACUUUUGGGCAAGGAAGUAACCUUCCUUCCUGACUGUGUUGGUCCUGAAGUAGUGAACGCUUGUGCAAAUCCACCUACUGGGACUGUAUUUUUGUUGGAAAACUUACGCUUUCACGUGGAGGAGGAGGGAAAAGGUGUUUCACCCACUGGCGAAAAAACGAAAGCCACUGCUGACCAAAUCAAAGCUUUCAGUGAAAGUUUAACGAAGCUGGGUGACGUUUAUGUAAAUGAUGCAUUCGGUACUGCUCAUCGAGCCCAUGCUUCCAUGGUUGGUUGUCAACUGCCACAAAAGGCCUGUGGAUUCCUGAUGAACAAAGAAUUGACAUAUUUCGCCAAAGCUUUGGAAAAUCCUGAACGUCCGUUCUUGGCUAUUCUUGGCGGUGCUAAAGUUAGUGACAAGAUUCAACUAAUCAAUAAUAUGCUUGAUAAAGUAAACGAACUAAUCAUUGGUGGUGGUAUGGCGUAUACAUUUUUGAAACAGUUGCACAACAUGAAAAUUGGGAACAGUCUAUUUGAUGCACCAGGUGCUGAAACUGUCAAUAAGGUAAUGGAGACAGCAAAAGCGAAAAAUGUUGCAAUUCAUUUACCGGUCGACUUCAUUACUGCUGAUAAGUUUGCUGAAGAUGCGAAAACUGGAUCAGCAACCAUAGAGUCUGGAAUUCCUGAUGGUUGGAUGGGUUUGGAUAUCGGUCCAAAAACAGUUGAAGAAUUCCGCAAAGUUAUUGGUCGAGCUAAAACUAUUGUUUGGAAUGGUCCUAUGGGUGUUUUUGAAAUGGAUAAGUUCGCUUCUGGAACAAAGGCAGCAAUGGAUGCAGUAGUUGAGGCCACCAAAAAUGGAGCUACAACUAUCAUUGGUGGUGGUGAUACUGCAACUUGUUGUGCCAAAUGGAAUACAGAGGACAAAGUCAGUCAUGUUAGUACUGGUGGUGGUGCAAGCCUUGAGCUUCUUGAAGGUAAACAAUUACCUGGAGUUGUCGCACUUACAGACGCUCACUAACAACUGUCUCAGCAUAAUAUCUUGUCUUUUUGCGUCACAGUUAGUUUACUGCAUACCUCUAUAAUUUAUAAGCCUUUUUAUUAUUACUACUACUAUUACCAUCAUUACAAGUAUGUCACAUGAAUACAUUGUCUUCUGAUUUGUCUCUUUGUGGUUAUCUAUUCCUACCAAGUGUGUGUGCAUUAGCAAGUGCUGAAUACAUCUUGCAAUAUAAAACUACACGUUAAUGUGAACCCAGUGUAGAUAAUUUUCUGUUAGUAUUUUCAAUUAAUUUCGCUAAUUCUAUAUUAACUUACUUGUUUCACCAAAAUAAAUGAUCUUCUGGUGCAAAAGUUCUAUUGGAUUUUGUUGUUGUUUAGAACACGUUUGGGAAAUCUGUGCAUAAAGCGCCUAUCAUAGUAACAAAAAU